GAUACAUUAAAAAAUAGACUUAAUGCCUGUCGGUGGCGGCCUUUACGUUUGGAUUUUAUUAUUGUUUGUAUUUGUAUAUACUUGGGUAUUGGAAUAAAAUUGCUUUAUGUUUGGUAAAUUAGUACAGUGCAAAUUUUAAGAAGUUAUCGUGCGGCAAAUUAAUUCAUUAAGUUUACAAAGGCCGAGAUAUUGAAUAAAGUUAUGUGCAAUGCAAGAAACACAUAUGCAAAAUCAUGUUCAACAUAGAAUCCUACAUAACUCCCAUACUCCUCAGCUAUGUUGAUAAAUAUGUACGAGACUUCAAACCAGCUGAUGCACAGGUGUCGCUAUGGGCAGGCGGUGUGACAUUGCACAAUUUAGUAUUAAAAGCAGAUGUACUGCAAAAGGAAGUGGCUCUGCCAUUCACCCUCGUCUCUGGUCGCAUACACGAGCUCCUUAUUCAAGUACCAUGGACCAAAAUUAUGUCAGAACCCAUUGUUGUUACCAUCAAUACAAUAGAAUGCAUUCUCAGUCUCAAUCCCCCUUCACCAGAAGAGAGCCCACCACCCGAGUCACCCAGGACGCAAGUGGUCGAAGCGCCGCCUGGCUACAUGCAGGCCCUGGUGCGGCGCAUCGUCAGCAACAUAUCGGUGCGGGUGCACUCGCUGAUUGUGAAGUACGUGCACGAUGACAUCGUGCUCUCGCUGAACGUGAAGCGGCUGGCCGUUGACAGCGUCGGAGCUGAUUGGCAGCCGCAGUUUGCUGAUAUAGAUCAAGUCGAGCCCGUUAUCAGGCGGCUGGUUCGCUUGGAUGAUUUAACACUAUGCCUCGACAAAAGUGAUUCGGAUGGAAAAAUACGUUUUUAUCAAGAACCCCUGCUAUAUAGAUGUCAGCUGGACCUCCGAGUAUUAACGCGUCUAGUCUCCGCCAAUACGCGUCGAGCGCGCAGCCUCAGCGUCCAAUUGCGCUCGAGCCGGCUCGCGUGGGGCGUGACCAGCGAACAGCUGGUGCUGCUGCUGCGGUUGUUGAAGGAGCGCUCUUUGGUCGACAUCAAACCACCCUCACCGGUGCCUAAAGCGCCGAGUGUACAGCAGGCCCCUUUGCAUUCAGUAUCAUCCAACUCCGCUGAGCCAGCGCGCAGCGAGAGCUGGUCCGAAUGGGCGUGGUCGUGGUUACCCACAUGGAUGGACCGUGAUGGCGUCGAGGAAACCCCCGCACCGGCUACACCGAUACCGAUUGCGUUCACUGCAUAUCUGGAGCAUGUGGCGCUCGUUUUUAAGGUGAUGGAAAUAGAGGGCGGUCGCAAGCGCGCGCGCGGCGUUCUAGAAGUUUCCGCGACGGACGCCGUCGCCAAGAGCUCGGUGUGCUCGCCGAGCACGCUGCGGGUGCAGGUCGGGGCGCGGCGGCUGGCGCUGCUGUCGCACGGCCGCUGCGUGUGCGGCCACGUCGGGGUGGAUGCGCUGAAUGACGCACCGACAACGUACCUCAGUAAAACGGGAGAUCACGAUGAAGCUUGGUGCUGGAUUGAUGAAGAUUUCAUUGAUCAGAAAAUAGAACUUGGCGUCGCGGCUGAGGAGCAACUCGGAGAACCACUACCUACACAAUCGGGGAACGUAUCCGAUUCUCAAACAGAGCAGAAUCAAGACCAAAUACCCACGGAAACGGAUGAGAGGGACGAAGCAAAAGACACUUUCUGGACGAAAAUGGCGCCCGUUGUAUAUGUAGAGUAUAACCACGAUAGAGUGCCCUCUGAUAGACUCGUUAAUCCGUAUGAUAAUCCGCCAAAAGACUUCGAAUAUAGUGACUGGGUGGAGGACAGCGUGAUGAAAAUAGUAGUGAGUCCGAUGUCAGUGCGUGUGUCGACCGGACUCCUGCAUCGGCUGGCCGUUAUACGGAAUGCGUUGAACUCUGUACCCCUGUUUAACGAUGAAGAUCCGCCUACACGCACUCUAACAGUGGAAGAAUGCGAAGCGCUCUCAGAGAACCUGCCGCAGCGGCGCAUCGGUAUAGAGAUAAACGGUGUGACCAUAAGGCUGAUGCCCUGGGACCACUCGCCGAACGAAAAGCCCCUCGAUGCGUCGAUAGUGCUUGACGUGGACGUGCCCAAAGCGAUGUUCAAUGUGGCCGCACCGUUGUAUCCUUUACGAGUCUGUUCAGCGGCGUGUCAAAUGCCCGAAGACAGUGGCCCACUCUGGCAAGGCGCUCGCUUGCACGUAUCGGGAACGAUAACCGCCAUACAGGCAACACUGAUCUCGCUCGCGGAUAACAAGUCGAGGCCGUGCGCACGCGCAGAUGUCCGCUUCGUCACGCAUUCGCUUUUACAUAGGAAUUACUUUGCGGAGGAGAGCGUCGUGUUCAGUUAUAGCGUUAAGAUUCGAGAGGCGAGUGUUUGUGGCUCCUCAGCGCGGUUGCAAACGGCUUGGUACAUUCCUAUUUCACUGUGCAAUCAGAAAAUAUCUAUGCCAUUGAAACAUACCACAGUCGCCAAGGAUGCCUUGACCGAUGAGGAAUCCGUAGCGAUAGAGCUGACACUGGAGGAACUGUCGGUGAGGGGCUACAUAACGAGAAACAUACACACACACAUACUGACACUGCACUCAGUACGAGCGACCGCGCAUCACGCACCGACAGAUGGCGAAGAGGCGAAACAGGCUUGGUUAUUUUCGGGCCCUGACUCGCCAACAACGACACCGUACCUUCGCAGUGCAUUUCAAUGGUGCAAGGAGCCGACACAAAACGCGUUAGAUUAUAUAGGCAUUUGGCUGGAGCCUAUGGCCUUGUGCGUGGAUCCGUUACUUGUUGCGUGGCUUGGGUACAGACCCAAAGUAAAGAUCACAGAAUCACGAUCUCAAACGUCAUCUCUGAAAAUGACAUCCUCAUCACAAUAUUUAUUGAAACGGCGAACGACUCCACCGUCGUCAAGUGGCAGAGGUGGUAGUAGAUCAGGGUCUGGGGCCGAAGUCCACGUGAAGACUCGCAGCGUGGAGUCUAGCAGUGAGAGGAGUGAUAAGAAGGAACCUAAACCUGGAGUGCCACCACCGGCGGCGGACGCGUGGUGGUCAGAGGAGCGGCUGCUGCGGCUGCACGCGCGGCUGCGGCGCGUGCUGGUGACGUGCGAGUGCGGGCUGCUGCUCGUGUACGUGACGGCGGCGAGCGCGAGCGCCGUGCACUGCGCCACCGUGCGCGACGCGAUCGAGCGGCACGCGCUCGCGCUCAACCGGGUGCUCGCUGUCAGUCUCGGUCGCUGGUCUAUACAUUCCAAUUCCUCGAUGAAGCAUCUCUGGCAAGAAAUAAGGCACGAUGGACCUACAUUCCUUUCACCAAAAAACGAAGAAAUAGACGAAUCGUUUCCCUGGAAGAUGCGUAUAGCGGACGUAUCUUGCUAUACAUUGGAGGUACGCGCCGGCACCGAGCGUUCCGGCAAAGAGAAAGCCGCCAGUGGACUACGAUCACAUUUGAAAACCUCACGGGUGGCCAUACCGAGAACUGUACUCGAACUAGUGACCACCACGGUCACGUUGUCCGUGGUCACUAAGUCGCUGCAAAUCAAGGCGAUACCGAGGCGCAGUGAGAGCAAAAAGCACGCUGAUUCGAGCAGAGAGGAUGAGAAGUUGAAGUACUUUACGGGUGGCGUUGAUUUCAAACCGUCGUCAUUGAAAGAGUUCGUUCGUGGACCGGCCAGGCGGAAAAAACAAAGCAGUCCAGAGCCAAAAGAGCCCGAACCAGCGGCGGAAAGUGUCGAAAGCAAUAUAAGAGCUGGUCCCAUCGUGUCGCUAGGGGUCAAUCUUCAUGCCGAUACACCGCCCGUUACUGUGCGCUUGGAUAGUGAUCAAGUGCAUGUGGUUGUGGUAGCAAUACAUUGCUUCACGCAUGUAUUGAAAUUGCUACGGCGACCGCCUUUAGCUAUUCCAAAACAGAGUUUUACAUCUGCGGGUGGAUCUCGAAGAUCGCUUAUACGGUCCGUAUCUGAAAUAGAUGAAGUGAGAAGCCUCUCAGAGGAGACGGAAAGUGGCAAUCCUUCUGAACUUAUAUCGAUAUUUGAAGCGCAUCCAGAGAGAGACCCGAUAAAAAUGAAGACGUUCUUCUGGUUCCAAUGGGUGGUGAGCCACGCGUCGCUGGUGUUCACGACGUCCACCGCGAAGCUGGUGUUCGACACGGAUGACGUCAUCAGCAGCGUGGACCUGCAGGAGCACUACAACCAGUUCAAAGUGAAGAUCGCCUCGGCGUCCGUGAAACACUUCGACCGUACUGGCAGUGAUGAAUGGACGGCAGGAGUCCUCGGCGGCAGAGUGCUGGAAGCUCGCGAACCGACUAACGCAAAGGAAGAGAGUCACUUCCUCGCUGUCACCAUAACACAAGCUUUAAUAUCCAACUUACCCGCUAGCUGGAAAGAAGAACUACAUCCGAAACUUUUAGAACAAAACGCAAAAGAAGAUAGCAUGUGGGAGAUUUAUGCGACACUAGCGCCACUAGAAGUUGUACUGCGACCCACAGUUCUAGAGCAAAUCGUAUGUUUGUUUCGAGUUUUGGUGCCUAAAUCAUAUUGUCCCUUGAAAAACGAGGAAACUAGGUUGAGCAAUUGGCAGUGGCCGUUCUGCUACGUGACGGCGGGAGGCUUGCGUCUCCUACUAACCGAUGAGAUAGUCACCAAUGAAGAUGACACCAUUAUGUUGAUUAUUGGCAAAGUAACAGUCAAUCCUCACCCUGAAAAUCCUAUAUGCAGACGUGCAGUUAACCCCGGCACAGAGAACGCGUGGACCACAUCAGGCAUAGGGAUGGAGGGACGCCAAUACGAGGUCCUGUUGAAGAACAUAGCUAUACGCUCUGCUAGGUUCAAACAACUUGUUAACCAGGAGGCAGUGGAAUCAGAAAUAUUGAAGACCACAGGUGGUGAAAAUCCUGCUCUUAAAUGGAGUCAGCCCGUGGUUUCGCCAUGUAUCACUCCAGUGUUACAUUCUGUGGACGUAAGCUGCGUCCUAGCGCCUGCGUUCUUCCACUGCGGUGCGCUCACGUGCGGGCCCGCGGUCGAAGUCAACCUCGUGUCGGAUUGCGCCAUAGAGCUUAGCGUGGAUAGACUGGGCGUGGCUAUGCUCAUACUGGGCCACGUUGCUGGCUUAUUAAGAACUGGCAAAAAAGACAGUUCGGCCGCGCUAAUAGAGGAUAGUGUAUGCCCGUAUGUAGAACUUAUCAUGGACCAAAUGAGUCCAGAUAUCUCGCCCACCGAUAGCGACGCCACUAUAUCUGAAGAAACGACCAAAAGUGCUCCAGAAUUAAGUCGCGGUUUGAUGGCCGACUCGGGAAUCGAUACAGCGACUUCGCAAUCCACAUAUAAAUUCGGUCGAAGGGAACCAUCUGCGCCUUUGAAGAAAUCCGUCUCCAUUGCAUUUACCGAUUACAACGCCAAAGCGUCAGAUUAUCUAGAGCUGUUCGUGACCAUGGGCGUGAUAGAGGUAUCUCUGUACGCGAACGACACGGGCGCCCCGGAACUGUCGCUCCUCCGCAGCCCCGGGACGUAUCGCCCGCCGGCCCGGGAAGCAGCGGACGAGCCUGUGAUUAAGGUUGUAAUAGACGAGAGCAGAGAGGCCAAACGGGAGGAUGCGCAAAGCUCAGCGACCGCCAGUAGAAGUCUCACAGAUACAAUCCGUCACGCAGAUCUCGCUCAACGCAAAAUUGAUUUAGCCAAUGUUCUACCGUUAGCUCGCAAAACGGAGGGAAAUUUACCGCUGUUACAUGUGACAUUGCAUCAGCCGAACCUGUAUUAUUGGCGAAGGAAGGCUAACAGAAAUAUACAGGUGUCUCUAUUCAACAUGUGGGUCGGCCUCGGCGGCGGGCUGGCGGACGCGCAGUGGCACUGCCCGCUGGUGAGCGCCGCGCGCGGCUCCCCGGACCCCGUCACCGACAUACCGCCCGCGCUCGCCACGCUGCGGCUGGAGAUGGCGCCCGGUAACUACAGCGGCAGCAGUUCAAACUCACGUGGCUCAGUACAAUUGGACGUAGAACGGCCAUUGUUAUUCGAAGUGUCCACUGAUAGGUUGAGACGGCUCAAAGGAAUCAUUAAAUUGGUGAAUAAAAAUCUUCCGCAACGUAAAAACGACUCGCAAAGCUGCGUCCCCAAAGUUCCAGUGCUGUACAAACUGAGACGAUUUAUGGUCCGCAACAGCAUAGACAGCAUAACGAUGCACACGAACCAAGUGGCGGUGCGCGGGGAGUGGGGCGCCGGCGGGUGGGAGGGCGCGAGCGCGCAGUUGGCCGCCGGCAGCAAACCGGAGCGGUUGUGCUGUCGCGCGCUGCUCACCGCGCUGCUGGCCACCGCCGGCGCGCCCACCGACACGCGCCACGUGCUGCUGCAGCCGAUGAUGGCCGGUAUGCGGCUAGAUGCAACGUGGGAAGCGUGGCGUCGUGCAGAGGGCGGAUUAGUUGCGCGAGAACCCAAUAUUCGUCUAGCAAUUGAUCUAGACCGCAUGGGGCUAGACGUAAGGCCGGAAGACCUGGCUGCGAUCGCGCAGUUAAGAGAAAUUCUAAAGGAACUCGGAGAAAACUCUGAAGAAGCAUGUUCUGAGAAAAACGAAACAUUCAUGCCAGGACCAGCGAGCAGCAUUUCCGGGCUGUACCAAGCCGCCAGCGUCCAUCAACCUUCCGUCAUAUCUAUAGAAGGCAGGGAUGGCUCCGACCACAAUUACUAUAAGGAUGAUUUACGGAGUGGAGCAUUCAAAAUUAUAUCUGGUGGUCAAUUACCCAUGGCGUACCAGAUAAUGCUGCAAGGUGACUCCGUGUCGUGGAGGUAUCCUCACCCGAGAGCUAUCACAAGACUAAUCGCCUUCCCUCUACCAGGACAGGAAGAAGAAAUAGAAUGUGUGCUAGAGUUAUACAGUCCGCUGCUGCAUCGCUGGGAAACGCACACCUGCUUCAAGUUGCCGAUACACGAGCAAAGGGAAUUGAAACUCAAUGUUAGAUCCAAUGAUGCAGUAUUCGCUUUAAUGUGGCGUGUUAGAGUUUGUUCUCAUUCGGAUGUAAAUGCGCCGCCGUUCGAGUUCGACAUGAGGAAGUUUAUGCCCUGUCGUGAUCCAAUGAUGUACGACCAGCCGCCAGUGUGCGACUACUACCAGAAGUCAAGUCCGAUUUCCGGCGAACAGUUAUCGGGUGUACUCCGAGUGGACUCCUACUUCGCGCCGAGACUCUUGCCGCGGUUUCGACUAGCUCUGCGCCUGGCUUGCUUCGAGUUCAAUGUGCAUAACGCGUUACCGAAGAUUGCAAGGGAAGCGAGUAAUCUAGAAGGAUACUACGUAUCUCGCCCGCUGUCCCGCAGUCACCGCACGCUGAGCGUGCGCGUCACGGACGCGGCGCUGCAUUUGCUCGUUGCGUGUUCCGCCAAAAUCAUCUUUGAUGCUAAAUUGUCGAGCGACAUAAUAGACAGUUCGACGGGCGCAAUGGAGCAGUUCGUCGACGAGUUCCGCACGCAGGGCUCGGUGGAGGUAGCGAGCGAGCCGCGGCUGCGGCUGCGCGCGAGUGCCCUGCGCGCCGCCUUGCACCUGCAGCGCGUGCGCACGCUGCGGGCGCUGGCCGACGACUGGGCGACCGCGUACCACCGGGUUCUCAACCGUACAAAACGUGCGACGGGAACUGAACACAAAUCUCUAAAGGCGUCUUUGGAUGGUCUCAUCUCGCUUUGGGUGCACAACAACUGCGCAAUUGCACUGAGGAUAGGUCAGGAAGGCACAGAUGAGGUUAUACCACUUGGCCCGGGAGUUAGUCUUGCUUAUAGGUGGCGCUCCCCUGCAGCUCCGAAAAUGUUAAGAUUCGCGUUGGCCGGUCCUUCCACAGACUGGCAUUGGUCCACUAGUAUUCCAUUCAGUGAGGGCACUCGGCGCGUUCGUCUCGAAGACGCGGAAGGUCUGUUAACAGACUACAGUGGGGGGAUGUCGCUGUACGUGCGCGUUGCGGAGAACGGGGCGAGGCGGAACAUGUACCUAUCGGGACGGUUGUUGGUGGUUAAUAUGCUGCGGUUGCCCCUUUUGUAUAAGGUGCGCUCUCUACGGUCCAGUCAAAACGCAUGGCAGACAAUAAGCUCCGGUGAAUUGCAACCAGAAACUAUUGGCUGGAGCGUGCUCUGCAAUAGCGAUUCCGACGCUGUACUCAAAGUGAGAUUCAAUACGCAAGAAGCUGGCUGGUCUGGCGAUAUACCAUUGAAGGAGUGUCGGAAGGAAAAUGUUCCUUGGUUAGUCAAAGUGCCCAAUACGGGCGACGUGCCGUAUAUAUCCGUGUGGUGUCGCGUGGUGCGCGCGCGCAGCGAUGGACGCAUUGUUGCUACGAUAUGGCCGUUCUACGUGCUCACGUCGCAUUUACCAUUGGAUACUGAUGUAUUAAUAUCGACGGAACUCAGUCAAGCCGAGCUCGAAGAUGCACAGUUACCGGCAAUAGUGCAGACGGCGCUGGGUCGAGGAGCCAGCACUCAUCUCUCGGCACCGGGAACUACAUCCGCGAGGCAUACGUUGUCUUUCCAAUACAGAAACAUCGAUUGCCCAGUGACACGCGACGCAGUGCCGCUACAUUAUGGCGUCACAGAUACAUCUGUUUUCGAAAAGCCCACUGCUGUGAACAACGUGGACGAGCUGCUAGAUAUUCUACGACAAUGGCUAAAUCGUUCAGCGCGUGAUGCAAAAACAACAUGGCCGUACUCUGUAGUGACAAGCCAUUGGCCGGGAACGUGGCAACCGGCGUUAUUGCAGCCUCGAUGUGAUAUUAAUGUGCGCUAUAACCCCGUCCGUGCGGGAGGCGGUUGUUCGCUGGAACUACAACUAUGUCCCGUGGUUUUGCUUGCCAACGCUUCUCCCAUCGCGCUCACGUUGCGGGCGUACGAUGCGGCGCCACUCUGCAAGCUGGAGCCCGGUGUUGCUAUAUCGCCACCUACUAUUAUACUUAAGAAACCGUUCUUCAUGUCGGUGGAGAUGGGCCGCGAGACGUUCGUGAGCGGGCAGCUGGAGGUGUGCGGGGAGGAGCCGGGGCGCUACGGGCAGCCGGCGCCCGGCCGCGUCGCGCUCGACCGACCGGCAGCCUGCGCUAUACACUGUAACCACAAGGUUGCCUUACUUACUCUUUACUAUGAAAUUAAAGAAGAUAUAAAUGUUCUCGGAGUUACUUCUACCUACAUCAUCAUUAAUAGGCUACAGACCGAUAUUCUGGUAUCCGCUAUCGCAGUGCCCAACGAGGUGGACAGCCACUGCGUGUUGCAGCCGAAGACAUAUAAAGUUGUGCAUCCAACUGAUGAAGGAAGCAUCCACGGCACACCGCUCAGUCGCUUCUGGGUGCGCGGACGGUGGCGCGGCGGGCACGCGGAGGAGCUCCGCCCCUACCUGUGCCUCACGCUGCCGGGCGCUGCGCACUCCACGACUGUGGCGCCUAUCCGGCUCGCGGCUUCGCCCCUUCGGCGCCCUAUCGCGCUCAAGGAUGAUAAUGGCAGUUCGGUUCCGGUGGUAGUCUGCCAACAGCUACACGAAGGAAGGUGGAUAAUAACAGUGGCUGAGGACCCGUGCCCACAGUUUCUGAUACAAAAUCGGACUGGGAAACCUCUUGCCGUCGCUCAGCCGAUACAGUUCGACGGGAGUUCCGAAUUGGAGCCAAAACAGGGACGAAAUCGGAGUCAGGUGGUGGAGGAGUGCGCCGGCGCACGCUGGUGGUGCGCGGUGGAGGCGCACGCGGGCGCGCACUACUCGACGCCGGCAUACUGCGCGCGCUACCCGCCCGCGGAGGAGACCCGCCCCACGCUGCCGCUGCUCGUCGUGGGCGUGGUCCGGGAAGAACUAGAUCCAGAUUGGAGUCAGCCAAUGGCAGUGGCGGAUGGGGAACAAUUGUUGCAAUUGAGCGGCGGGCUUACAAUCAAGGUGCGCGUGCGCACGCACCCCCACUCCACGCUCAUAGAAUUGCAGGACAUCGAUCAGUUCGAUAUAUCGGCGAGUGAUAUACGCCGCCGCCUGGUUGAUCCGUUUAUAGCUAAGGAAUCAUUCUCGCCCUAUAAAAGUGUACAACACGACGAGGCGAGCUUACAACGCAUCACCGCUGAUAAUAAUCUGAUGCCAGAAGACUCUAGAAGCAGAACGUACCCCGAAGACGAACCGCUACUGUCAGUAGCGAGUACCACGCAAUCAAUUUGCCCGUCUAAGGUUACAAAGGCUGAGAAGAAAGAAAAACAAAAUAUGGUAGUUAUGACUGAAAUUGACGCUUUAAAAGAUUCGUCGAUCGCCAAGCUGUCGAGUGCUGUGCGAAAUGAUAUCAAUGCCGCAUUCGACAAACUUCAGAGCAGUUCGUUAACAGUGGCUCACGAUGAAACUAUUGAUAUGUCGGAAACGUCAAUAAUGUUGCAAGGUGUCACCGAUACAGAAUGGUCUGACAGCAGUCAUAUGUGGUCAGAGAUUGACCGCGUCCGCUGCGUGAUUGACAGUAUCGCCAUCAGCGUGGCCAGCGCUGCGGAGGACCUUCCCAUAAUGGCUCUGUACUUGCAGCGGGCUGCUGUUUCGCUCAAGGACAAUGUUAGGAAAACCAAAGUGACGAUAUCAGUGGUGGACGUGCAAGUAGACAAUGCGCAGUACGACACCGGCCAGUACGACUUCGCGGUGGUGGCUACCACCCGGGCGGAGACCGUCGACGGUGACCCCUGGCCACCGCUGUGGAACAUGGGGGAAGAGGACUUCGACAUGAAGGUGGAGGACGCGAGGCUGAUGGUGGUCACAUGCAACGAUAAGUGGACCGUUGGUGGUAACAGCUUCAAUGAAUUAACAGAAAUAGAGAUUCGAAUAGGCCCACUGGGAUUAUAUAUCGAAGACGCCUACGUAUCUGCGCUGGUCGGUCUAGCCAGGGUCGUCCCGGGAAGAGAUAGAGGGAGUGUCGAUGGAAAUGAAGGGAGUGAGAUCGCGCUAGCUGAAGCGGCUUUGUUACAGAGGCCUUUGAGGCUAAGGAAACUUCUCAUACAUCCGUUAGAUUUGACCCUAACUCUGCAUACUGCGGUCCGGAUGUACAUAGCGCUGGACCAGAGCCCGCUGCGACUGAGCGCGUUCCAGCUGCAAGAUGUGAUGACGUCACCGGGCCGUUUGACGCACGCGCUCACCGUGCACUACUUGUCCGCCGCCAUCUUGGGUGCUGGGUGGGUAGUUGGAGGCCUAGAGCUACUAGGUGCGCCGGGUGCACUAGCAGCACGUGUGGGCGGGGCUGGCGGCGGGCUGAGGGGCGUGGCCUCCGCCGCGGCGGCGGCACUACUCCGCUCGCUGAGCGCGUGCGCAGGCUCGCUAGCACGCAACCUGGAUCUGCUCGCGGGCGACGAACAGCACGCGAGACGCGCUGCAGCUGCCAGACGGCGACCACCACCGAGCCUCAUGGCAGGGCUUUUUGCAGGAAUAACUAAUUUUGCCAUCAACAUACUCGGCGCAGUAGGUGGUUUAGCCCACCACCCUCUUGUGGGCGUGGCGGUGGGUGAGACGGAGAGUGGGACGGCCGCAUUGCGCAGAGGCUUGCUGGGCGCUAUCACCAAGCCACUCAGCGCUACAGCUGACUUGGUGGCGUACGCUGGACAUGGCCUGCUCACACAAACCGGUUGGGAUCCCGUACCACAGCCCCGCUGGGUGGCGAAGCCCGAGGUGGAGGCGCAGUUCGGGGGCUGGCAGCGGGACUGCGUGCGUUGGGCCUUCCGCCUGUCCGAAUUAGCAGCGUUUACCGGCUUCUCCGUGCUACUUGCUGAUGUUCAGCUACACCUGCUUAUCACACACAAGUUUUUGGUGAUCGCGGAACCCGAAUCGGAGCGUAUCAUAGAGAUGAUUGACUUCAAGUCCUGCACGCUGGGGCCUUACCAGGGACAAAUUAUAGAGCUUCACGUGUCACAAAGGAAGCCUUCAAGGAUAUCUGAAUCACGCGUCGCAUUGGAUGAGGAUAAUGAAUAUCAGAUAAGCGCGGCGGCGAUGGCGCGCGUGGCGCGGUACACGGGCGCGGAGGGGUGCGGCGCGGGCGCGGGCGCGGAGGAGCGCGUGCUCGCGCUGCUGCCGGCGCCGGGCCGCGCGCACGCGCUGCACGCCGCGCUCGCCGCCGCCGCGCACCACAACACCGGCGAGCACACGCCGCUGCUCUAGCCCAAGUUCUACCUCGGCUCUACCACGGCUCUAAUCCAGCUCUGCCGCAGCUCUUCCAUAGCACUACCACAGCUCUACACCAUAUCUACACCAGCUCUAUAUCAGCUCUACACCAGCUCUACACCAGCUCUAUAUCAGCUCUAUAUC